ACAGCGUGACCAUUGUCUCGGACUUCGUGAAGUAGUUCCCGCGGUGAAUAUGCUCCUAUAGUUUUCUGCAAUCAGAUUAAUGAUUUUUAAUGAACCUUGUGUCGUUGCAUUAGAAGCUACAAAUGUAUUCAUUAGUUUAAGACGAUUCUUAAAAUUUUCUCAAGUUUAUUAACUAAUCGAUUACGUCAGCUGGCGAUGUAUUCCUACGCCGCGUAUUUGCUUUCAAGGUAAAUUUUGGCUUGAAAGCAAGUCUCCUAGUUGAUAAUAUUCUUUUCUACUCUGUCGAAACAAAACUGGUUGAUCUUUUAAGUGCUCUAAACUCGAAUAACUUUGUGACGCGUUCACUCUCAAUCUUAAUUUUCUGUGUCCAGUGUGUGAACGUAAAUUUGCCAAAAUUCCGGUCCCUACUAGAAAACGAGAGGGCGCCUACUCCGGCAGAUUCGAGGAGGGCAAAAUGAAUAACACGAAAAAGAAAAACCGUGCUAACGCAGGGAGAUCUCCAAGAUCUUUUGGCUCUGAGAAGCCUCUUGCAGUCGAAGGGAUCUACAAUAAUGCACUUUUCAUGCAUGCCCUAGCUAACCAGAUCGGAAAUACAAUUCGAGUCGAGACACAAAACGGAGCUACGUUUGAAGGAAUUUUCAAAGCUUAUUCUCAUAAUUUCGAAGUUGCAUUAGGUAUGACUCACAAAGUGGAUCCAGAGAAUCCAACUCAAAUUAAUGUGGACGAAGUCAAAGACGUAUUAAUUUUUAAGCCACAAGAAAUUGUGUGCAUUACAGCUACAGAUGUAGAUCUUGAAUAUGCAACCCGAGACACAUUUCAGACUGAUACUGCAAUUAGUAAAUUCAAUGGCCAACUCCUAGGUGAAAGAGAACUUGAACCGUGGGUAGGAGGUUGUAAUGGAGAUGACAUUGAAUUAGAUGUAAAUGAUUCCAAUGCUAAUGGUUGGGACGUUAAUGACAUGUUUCGUAAAAAUGAACAAAUGUACGGUAUUCAGUCCACAUUUGAUCAUAAUUUGUCGGAGUAUACUGUCCAAUUGCAGAAAAAAGAUACCAAAGACUAUAAGGAUGCUGAAGCUAAAGCAGCAAAAAUUGCAAACGAAAUAGAAAGUAACCCAUCUCAUAGAGCGAGAGUAGAUGUCGAAAAUGGCGAUGAAGAAGAAAAGUAUGCAGCUGUUGUUCGGCCAGACAAAGACUCGGAAAAAUCUAGCAGCAGCAAUUCAAGUGUAAAUAGAAGUAGCAACAGCAGUAACAAUAGCAUCACUAGUUCUAGCUCAAUUAGCUCAAGUAAUAACACAGCUGUGAGCAGCAGUAGUAGUGAAAGCGGAAAAUAUGUCCCUCCUGCUAAACGGAAAUCACAAGCAACUGGCAAAAUAGGUACAAAAUCAAGCGGAAGCAAUUCAAGCAAUAACCAACACAUUGCAUCAACUGCACCUCAGACCCAUCAAAUGCCGCCAGAGAGGCCACCAUCGUCGGUUUCCCCUGUUCAAACGCCGCACCAGCUGCCCCAGCCUCCGGUGCCACCACAGCCCCAGUCACAACCACAGCCGCCGCCGGCAGUGGCUCAAGCACCCCCUGCACCCGCUGUGGCCCCAGCACCCACCCCUGCUCCCAUGCCCUCUCAGCAAGUCAAGAAACAGUCGCCGCCCAGCAGCAUACAAUACCACCAUCAGCCGCCUCACCAGCCGCACCAGUCGCAUCCACCUCACCAGCCGCAUCAGCCUCACCAGGCUCAUCAGAUGCCAAUACCUUACGCAGGACCCCCAGCCAUGGUGAGCCAGCCUCCCCCACCGCAGCCUCAGCCCUACCCGCUCACACAGUCGCUGCCUCCGCGGGAAAGGCAGGACCAGCGGGUCAACGGACAAAUCGAUCAGCUACCGCCAGCGCAACCCAAAGGUCCCAGACCACCUACCUCUUCCUAUCAAAUGAGAUCAGCUGGGAAUCACUACACUGGCCCCCCGAGAGGUCCAUAUCAAUCGGAGUUCAUGUCCGGCAAUAGGUAUCAGCCGGUUGACAUGUCGCAGCCACGGGUGCCUCCGCCGCCUCAGGCGACUGGUGCGCCAUCUCACCACCAUUUAGGUCCCCCGCAGCGUAAUGCCCCGGCUCCACCACCUCCACAUAUGCAUCACCCACAGCAUGUUCCCCACUCUGCACCGUCACCCAUGGGCCAGGUUCGUUUGAAUUUUCAGGGAGGUCAAAUGAUGCCCUCGCCGUAUCCUAAUUCCGUUCCUUCGAUGCCACCGGUCGUUCACCCUGUGAUGCAGCAACAGCCGCCACAACAUAUUCCACCUGUCGAUCUGCACAGGAAGUCCCCAGCAACGAACAUUGUCCCCGAGCAACACACCACUCCAUCUCUACCCCCUCGCAAACAGAAUCAAAGACGAGACACAGAACUCUCAGAGCUGAAGAAAUUCGGUAGCGAGUUUAAACUAGGCGAAUCAAACGUUAAUGUGACAAGCCCGGCGCCAAUGCCAAUGGCAAAUCACACAGAACACGACAUGCGGAAGUCACACCCACCGCAGCACCAGUCAGUGAAACCUCAGCCUCAGCCGUCACCACCCACAACCCAUUCACACUCGCAAGCGCCCGUCCCGUCUCCACAGCGUCACCACCAACACCAGCAACCUCCGCCGCCUCACCAACAUCAGCAUCCCUCACAAGAGAGGCAUGCUCAAGACCGAACGAUGCAGAAUAAAGACAAAGCAUCCCCAGCCCCAUCGGAUGACAAAUCGGGCGGUGAUGCCCAAGAGAAUUCCAACGAUGGUUCUUCCGUAGAUAAAGUCUCAUCGACGCUAAAGAAAUCAACUCUCAACCCUAAUGCGAAAGAAUUUGUAUAUAAUCCCAGCGCUAAGCCCUUCACUCCAGUGAGCAAUGUCAGCAAUCGAUCACCGAGCACACCGGUGGCAUCUCGGCCUCACACUCCUCAAACCCCGAACUACACGCCCAUGCCCAUGGUAAUGCCAGCAUAUGUUGUGGCCGCUCAGCCUACAUAUCCACCCACCCAGCAGGCAGCAGGCAAUAGGUAUAGAAAAGUUAUUGUGCCUCAUAGGUCAGACAUAACGUCUCAGAUGACAGCUGCAGCAGUGACUGGUCAGCCCCUCCUAGCUCCAGCACCCAUCCAUGCGGCUCCUUUCACCGUUCCUUACACAGGCCCGCAUAUUCCUCCACAGCCGUACCAACAGAUGGUGCGAAUGGUUCCGCAAGUCCCCUUAGUACCAACAUCUAUCAGCUACCAUGAACCGCCCACGCCUCAGCAAGCGCCCACCAUCCAAUUCAUGCCACCCCAUCAUCCCACAACCCCUUCACCAGCGCACAAUGGGCCCGGGAAUCAAACGCCACAGAACGGCGCUCAUCCCCCUCCACCGCCAUCGUACGGGCAGUCGGCAGCGGCUUCUCAGGGUGGUGGUCAGCACUCGUCGAGUGGUGUUGGGAACUAUUCAAGUGGACCGUCGGGACACCCACCACCUUACCACCCUAUCAUGUGUCCGAUCAUUCCAACAGGGCCACCGACUGGACCUCCGAACGCGCACCAUGCAGCCGCCAUGGCAGCAGCCACGCAACAGCAGUUCAUUCACCACCAUCAACACCCUCAAAUUCAGAUGUUCCAAUUGAAAUACUAGAAUACUGAAACAGAGGCAAGGCGACUGGAUUUAGUCGCUGGUCAACAUCCGCAACAUAUACAAGUUAUAUUGCCACAGAAUCAGUGAUAAGCUGUGAUAUUAUCGUUUUUGUUAGUUCAUCGUUAUUAAUACUAAUUUAAUCGUUAUUAUUAAUAUUAUCUGGGCUUCUCGCCGUCUUCUGCCCGCACAAAAAGACGUAACGACCCUCUGUUUCUCAUUUUGUUGAAUAUUUGAUCAUUUUACACUGGGUUCCUUUUCAUGAGGAUAACCUUACAUUUUAUAUCUUAAUUUUCGUGUUCAAUGAUUUUAUGUUUCGUUUGAGAAAACUUUAACUUGAAACAUGCGAAUUUAAAACCAGGUUGGAAACAAAAGAAAAAUGAGGAAACUCUCAUAAAAGGCCAUUGUUUCCCUCCUUUAUUUUUUGUCGGAUCUAUUCCACAAUUUUGGCCUGUGUUCGUUAUUAUCAUGCCCUAUUGUUGUGGCUCUUUAAUGAGACCGUCUUCAGGACAGAAUGAAAGUCAGUGUUUUGAUUUGAGCCUAAAAUCACCUAUUUACUUGGUUUUUGGUAUCAAACAAUCUUUAAAUAUCAGUUAAUGCUGCAUGACCAUGCGCAUCAUCCUGAAACUGUUGUUUGAAUCUGCGGAAAUUCUUUUCCCAGAAAGAGUGGUUUUCCACAGACUGGAUAGUGAAGAGAAAAAUGAAAAAUUCUAGUGAGGUAAUAUUUAAAUUUAGAUUUUUUACUUUUGUUCAUAACCAGUUUUGAAGAAGAAGCUGAAGCGGGAAAGACAACUGAAAAUUUGAACUUGCAAAAAGUACUUGCUGAAAGAGCAGUAUAUUUUUACUCUAAGCUACGUGCUGCUGUUUAUUUUUUCCUUUUUUUAUUUUACAUUAGUCCUCGUUUUUGACUGCCAGAAUCUGAAUUGUGCUACUGAAUAUUGAUUUCUUUGAAUGUGCUCAAUCAUCUCCAGAUUGCCUCAUGUAGUCAUCAUCAGAGCUUUAACAGAGGUGAAUGUUUUAAGAAAUAGAACAACUCAGUUCCCUUUGUCAUGAUAACUCAAUCAUGUGACCACGCGCUGAAUCAGAUGCGUUCAGCGUUCGUGAAAGUUAUACCUCUUUGUAAAACACGCUCUCCUCAUUUCCUCUGAUCCAAGUUUUUUUCCUCAUCUCCGCCCAAGAGAAGUGAGGGUGCAAAGAGAUGAGGAUUUUUAUUUAAGUGUUAUGAAGUCUGAUCAGAAUUUAAGAAUCUAGUUUGUGAGUCGAAGCUUUCUGUUUCAAUCUACAUAAACUACACCUCAACAAAUCCUUAUUUAUUAUCUUUUCUCCCCGUUUAAAUUUUCUCUCCUUUGUUUUCUUUUGGGUUUGAACACUUCCAAGCUCAUCUUUCCUCAUUUCAAACCAUUUUCUCCCAGUCCAUCAUAAUAUUCAACAUUUCUUUGGGCCCUUUUUUUUUAUUUUCUCCCAUGGGAACAGUCGAGAUUCUCCCUCGAUUUUUUCUGUUCUUUGUGCCUGAUGUCUCCAUUUUAAAGAUACUUCUCCAUUUUCCUUCCUUUGUUUCUUUUUUGUUUUUUCACUUCUCUAAGUGUUUCCAAAGCAAUAAAACCAAGCAAAAAUAGUAUGGUGUAAUGAGUCGGUUUGACUGCUUUGAAUUUACCCUUGAUUUUGAAUUAACAAAUGCACUCUAUGAAACAACGGGUAACAACGUGUCUUCUGAUGUUUAAAAGCUAAUUUUUCUUCAGCCCUUUUCAUAUUUUACAUGUCCUUGCAUACUUGAAAGACAGAUGAAGUUGAUUACAUUUGGUACAAUUGGGGACAUCCUUUUGAUUUGAGUCAAAGGUAAUUGAAACAUAUCAUUUUGCUCAGAAAAUCAUCUAAGUUCAUUGGAGAUUUCUACAGUCUUGGAACAUACCAAAUGUCAGCUAAAGGACCAGAAUUCAAGUUAAAUGCAAGUAAAAACAAGUUGUUUGAAGUGAAUUGAUUAAAAUUUACUUCAACGAUUUAAUAUUUCACUCUGUUGUGCAUCCGAUGCGGUUGUGAUAGACAACAGGCCUCACUGGUGAUAACCCGGUUGUAAGUAUAACAAGCUGUUUCUCAAACAACGCUCUUUACCUUGGUGAUUGUCAUGGCGGUUCAACCUUCACUGCAACAACGCAGCACUUUUGUAGGUAGUAAAUGAAGCAUUGAGGCGGGAAAGAAGUAAACAAUGAACAUAAUCAACAAGACAGUAUUUUGGCUUCAAUUAGACAUCAGACAAUUCAUUGGGCAAUUUCAGCAAUGAAUCCCUCUGUUCUCUAUCACAAACGCACCCAUCAUCCAGUUGGCUAUUUAGCUUGUUAAGUUUUUUCUCUGUCUGUGGAAUGUUAAAAGAUGAAGCUGAAAUUUGGAGGUGUUUUUGAUCGCUUGGCUCACUUGCUUUCUAUUGGGAGGUUUUGCAGAAUCUUUAACCCAUCGAAAGCAGGAUUUAAAGUUUACUCAGUGAAUUGUGCUGAAAACAAGGAUGAGAAUUUCCAAAAAAAAAAAAAGCUUAAACUUUCCCACAAAUUGGAGACAUUUACACAAUAGCAGUCUCUCCAAUCAAAGAAUCCAUUGCAAAUGGACGUAUCUUUCACAAAUAUGUCUGAGUGUGUGUAUUUUUUGAUUAACAUUUUCCUGAGGAAUACUUCAGCUGGGAGCCCCCCCAAGAGAGUCUCUACUUCAAUCCUCAAUGCUGAGGGCUACCCAACAAAUGCAUGAUAUAAAAAUAAUUUUGUAUAGCUGACCAAGAACACCUCUAAAUUUUCAUCGUUUCCCAUGGACUAAGAAAAAAGUAUCAAUGGUUGAACAGCAGAGCAGAGGAGCCUUUCUAUUACUUGGCUUAUCCAAUAAAUGAUGAUAUUUAUAACUAUCAUCUGUCCAAUCUGUUCUUGAACUUGUUUUUCAUUUUCAAGGCCCUUUAUAUUUCAGAUGUUAGAUUCAGUCAUCUGUGGAAUCUUAACAAGGGUCAGUAUGUCUAGAUGGUUUCCUACCAAAAUGUGUCCUUUCCAACUGCCCUUCUCAAAUCAAUCGAAUGCAAUAAUGGUUCUUUCAACUUUUAUCCUAAUUAAAGAAUUCCCCCAAACUGAAAGGCUAAUAAUUGAACUGAAAGGCUAUCACAAAAAUGACUCUCUGAAAAUAAAUUCAAACGUACACCUUCAGUCAAAGCUGAGCCUCCUUAGCAUGGAGGUUCAUCAAGUUUUUUGUUGCCUUUUCCCCUUUUUAUAGUCAUCAAUUUUCGGCAUUAUUAUCCCACCAAUUCAUUUUUAUACAAUUGAAUAGCUUAUUCUUCUAGCUCGAACUACAUCAAUAAAAAUUUUGGUUUGGCCCAAAUCAUUCUGAAUUGUUUUCCUUGUUUCAGGAAAAAUAUUUAAGAUGUAAGUUCCAUACAGACAUGGUCUUUACCAUCUUUCAGAGAUAUUAGUUUGGUCGGUUCAAUGCAUAGCUCAAGAUUUUCUCUGGACAGAUCUAGUCUCAGAGCUCACAGCUUUUUAUCCUAAUUAACCACCUUCCAAUGAGACCUGUGAAUAUCGUAACAAAGAAGCAAGAUGCAUAAACUUUAAAGAGAUAAGAUUCAUUUAAUUUAUUUUCAAAGUUCCUUUUUUAACUCUUAACUUCAUUUCCCUCCAAGAGCGUAACUAUUGAAUGAGCGUUCUCCUCAAAACUGUUUCAUCAUUCACUCUCAUCAACCCUCAACACUGACAAUGUGCAACAAAGCAGUUCUUCCUUUUUUUACCCGUUUUUGUAGUUCUUUUCAUUCUCAUUUUGUCAAGGGAUAUCAAUCAAUCUUCAUUUUUCUGAGUCGUCUCAUUUUACAGAAUCUCGCUUGGUUUUUCCACUGAAAAACUUGUAAAAUGAGAACAGACAAGCAGUUCGUAUCAUUCUAAUUCGAUCAUUUCGAAAUAGGAUAGUAACUAGCUUCCAGCAAUUUUGUUGGUUUGAGCUUAAUGAUGGCCACUUUGAUGCUCCUUCCUUUACAAUGCAUUAAAGGCUUCUAAUUCUGUACUGAAUAAAUGGAUGGAGUAUCAAAAAAUAGCCGUGAAAGUUGAAGGAUCCAAACUUUGAAAAUGAUGAUCUUGAAUCACAUUCCACGUGAAUAGGAAACAAGGGAACAGCUCUCUUCCCCAGGGGAUCAGCUGAUCCAUGUUGAUUAACCAGUACCUUUAAGGACGAAAUUUCAUUGGUUGUGCGACAGGCUAAUUAUCUGUGACACAACAUUUUCUGAGUAAACUCCUUUUGGCGUAUUUCAAAAUUUUUUCUCAGUGUCACUUCAAAAUAUCCUCAUUUCAAGCUUAAUGCAAAUAUGGGGGAAUCAGACCUGUUUGCUCAUCAAUUAUUGUGGUUUUACAUUAUUUGCAGGAAUGUUGUGAAGUUUCACAGUAUUUUCCUGUCGCAUAUUGAUUAUCUGUUACCCAAAAUAUUUUUCUCUGCCUCCAAUUCGCUUUAAGAAUGCCAAACUUGAAUGAAGUUUGAACCAGUUUUCCCCUCCCCUUUCCAGUUAAAAUUAAUGCUCCCCUGAUUUCAAGUGAACAGAUUUUUUCUGUGCUUCCUUUCAAAACGUUUUAUAUUGUCCCCUAGUUUUAAUUUUACACCUCUAUCUGAUUUAAUUCAAGCAACCUUGAUGCUGCUUUUUAAAAAAUUUCUUGGUAACCACUGUCCUCCUUCAUCACAUUUUGUGACAAGCUUUUUUUCUCUUUUUCAAACGAGAAAACAUUUUCAAUGCGAUCUUCCAAUUAAAAAUCAUAGCCCCCCAAGAAAAAGACUAAAUUUAGCAAGGGGUGGCAACUUUGAAAUGGGCAUUAUUGAUGGGUCAACUCGGACCAUUUCAGACUCAAAGUCAUUCCUCUCCCACUAAGUUUUUGGAGAUAGUAUUUUUGUUUACAGCAUGUUUGAAAUGCAGAUGUAUGUUGAAAUCAUUUUGUCUUAUCUUUUUGCCUACCUAAAAUGAUGAAUUUCGAAAUUUCCUACUUGUAAUAUUUCUGUCAUUGUUUUCUAUAGAAAGGGGGAAAAAGGCAAAAAUACUCGACUCUUCUACCCUCUGUCAACUUUCUUUUCCAUUGCUCCCCACACAUGCUGUAUUUGACUAUUCAAAAUAUAUGAUAGUUUGAAUUUUCAAAUCAA